CGCCGUGGGCAGACGCGUCCGGCGAGCUCCGGCGGCCCCUCCGCGGCCAUGCGGCUCCUCGGCGGCGCGUCCUGCGCGCUGCUGCUACUCCUGCUCGCCCCCGGCUCCCGAAAUGAAGACAUGAACAGCACUGCACCUUUUACUACGAUUUCAGGCCAGAGAUUGCCAGACAAUAGCAGUUCAUCCAAUGUCACUUCUGUGUCAUCCACACAAUCUGCAGCAACAUCUGCAGGAGGUGUGUCCACCAGUACUACUCAUCUGACCAGUACCACUCAGCCCACUAUCACCAAUAUGUCUGUCAGCUUGACGACUCAGCCCACCAAAACCAGCCAGACAAUAAGAUCCACCACAGCUUCAUCAGUCACAUCAUCACAACUCUAUGUUACAGUGGUGACCACUUCCAAGAUUUCUUCCACUUCUGUAACAGCCACAUCAAAAUCUGAGGCUGUUGUAGCCAAAACCUCCAGGUUCGAUGUGGGCAGUUUUGUUGGUGGCAUUGUGCUGACUCUUGGAGUCCUAGUUAUUCUCUACAUCGGAUGCAAAACCUAUCACUCUAGAAGAGGCAUUCAGUACAGAACCAUUGAUGAACAUGAUGCCAUCAUUUAAAGAGACUUCAGGGAAGACAGUGUUGGAAACCCACCCUGUCACAGCUGUUGUAACUUGCUUCUGAAAGAGUUUCUUUCAUAAAGAUGAUCACAGUCUCUAAACCUGUGGGUGUUACCCUGCAAAAUGUUGAGAAGUUUUUUUAAACAUCCUGAUUUUUUACAUUGGCUUUCAUAAGAGUAAGAGGAACUCAGCACUUUGUAGAGACAGUAUUUUCUUAUUCCAGUAUUUGUAGCCAGAUUUAACAAAAUCACAUAUUGAGUCAUUUUAAGGUACACACACAGGUCUCUGAAAUAGCUAAUUACUAGCACAGGUGAUUACAUCAUUGCAAUUCUAAGUAAGUUCAGGUGGGUUUUUUUCUAAAAUUUUGUAUUAAAUUGUAUUUAUUUUGAAGUUUGCUGUGAACUUUAGUUUAGAAAUUUUGGAUUUUGAACAACUCAGUUAAUUUUUAAUAGAGUAUAAAGGGGUGUGUUUAGCUAACUGUAUAGAAGGUGUGAUGAGUACUUUAAGUGUCAGUCAUUAGCUUGCCAGUGACUUGCAGAUACUUUCCUUAAUAGGCUGUACAAUGAGACAAGCUGCAGGAAGCAUGGACAGAUUGGAGAUAUCCAUCCAUGACCGUUUUCUCUAAAAGCUGCUUUUUUCUAGCAUGUCCUAAUGAAGCUUGUGCAAUUGAAGAUAAAAUAAGAAUGCAAAAAAGUAAUUGUGCCAUCAUAAAUAAAAAAAA